AUGGAAGCUGAGGGGCUGAGGCAAAUGGAGGCUGAAUCCCAGGGACAGAGCAAAGAUACUUCAAGUGGGGCAAGGGACCAAGGGCUGAGGGGAGAAAUAUCAGAUAAAAAUGAUCUUGCAGGAGAAAAAGCCGUUGAAAGCGAAGGAUCUGUUCCUAUAGAGAACUUGGAGACCGAUCCAAAGAUUUGGGCAGGAGAAUCCUUAAUAGAAGAAACUAGCGGGUCUUGUGAUGUUUCAAUAAAUAUUGAGGCCGGUGGGAUAAAGAAAGGUACCAAGAAAAAGAGUUCUGGAGACAGGAGCAAAAAGCAGAUUAAUAAGAAAAGUGGACAAAAGUCCAAGGUUGAAGAUAGGUUUAAAGAGCUCUCUGUCUAUUUUUCUAAAGAGCAGUGGGCUGAAAUGGGAGAAUGGGAGAAAUUACGUUAUAAGAACAUGAAACAUAAUUACGACUUUAUGAUUCAAUUAGAUUUCCAAACAAAAUCUGUGCCUGAAAAGAAAAAGGAAAGGAAAAAAGAACAGAACAAGGAAAUUAGCACUUACAGAUUACGGAAGAGAGAAAGAAAAGCAUACAUGGAAAUAAAUGAACCAAAUGAUGAUGACUACUUGUUUUGUGAAUAUUGCCAGACUUUCUUUGUUGAUGAGUGUUCUGUUCAUGGUCCUCCACUUUUCAUCAGAGACACAGCAGCUGAACUAGGACUGCCAAAUAGAGCCACCCGCACUUUACCUUCAGGUUUUAGAAUUGGUCUUUCAAGUAUCCCCAGAGCUGGUUUUGGAGUCUGGAAUGAAAAGGAAACAUUGACGCCAGGAAUUCAUUUUGGACCAUAUGAAGGGACAAGGACAGAGGAAGAAGCAUCAGCAAACAGUGGCUAUUCCUGGCUGAUUACCAGAGAGCAGAAUUGUUACAUUUACGUUGAUGGAAAGAAUGAAACUAAUUCCAACUGGAUGAGGUAUGUUAACUGUGCCAGGAAUGAGGAAGAACAAAAUCUUGUUGCUUUCCAGUAUCAUGGAGAAAUAUACUACAGAACAUGUAAAGAAAUUCAACCUCAUUCUGAGCUCUUGGUUUGGUAUGGAGAAGAAUAUGGAAAGGAACUUGGCAUCAAAUGGCGAUCUAAACGGAAAUCGCUAAAUGCUUCCUCAUAUAAACAGUCCUUUUUUGCCAAUAAUUUUGUUUUUUCUUUGCAAAUAGUUCACAAGCAGAAUUCAUUCUUGGCGAAGAAGAAACAAAUAGUUUGCCAUCAGUGUCCCAGUUGUGAGACAGCAUUUACUUGCAAAGAUUAUCUUACCCGCCAUAUGAAAUGGAAGCACUCUGGAUGUAUAAUACUUGCUGAGGAACCCAAAAAAAUACUAACAGAAAAAUCAUUACCCAAAAUAAGAAGUUAUGCUUCCUAUCAAGUUAUGGUGCAAUAUAGAAUACUAAACAACAUGAACAAAGGUAAAGAUGAUGAAAUGCUUUUUUUGAAAGACAGGAAUGAAGAAGCAGAGAAUAAAAAUCAUAAAAACAAUGGAGAAAAACAUUUUCAGCUGGUUACUCACAAUCAGAUACAUAGAGAAAAGCCAUAUUUAUAUAAAGAACGUAUUAAAAAGGUUGAUGGAUCAUUACUAUGUCUGAUCAGACAGAAAGGGAGGCAUAUAUGGAAGAAGUUUUAUUCAUGCAGAAAAUAUAGGCUAGGUUUAAGCCAAUCACCAGGACUGUCCACUUGGAAGCAAAUGCAUGUAAGAGAGGAGCCAUACUCAUGUAGAGAGAGUGGGAAAAGCUUUAGCCGAUCAGCAACCCUGACCACUCACAUGCGGACGCACACAGGAGAGAGGCCGUAUUCAUGUAGGGAGUGUGGGAAAAGCUUUAGCCGAUCAGCAACCUUGACCACUCACAUGCGGACGCACACAGGAGAGAGGCCGUAUUCAUGUAGGGAGUGUGGGAAAAGCUUUAGCCAGUCAGCAGACUUGACCAAACACAUGCGGACGCACACAGGAGAGAGGCCGUAUUCAUGUAGGGAGUGUGGGAAAAGCUUUAGCCGCUCAGAACACUUGACCAAACACAUGCGGACGCACACAGGAGAGAGGCCGUAUUCAUGUAAGGAGUGUGGGAAAAGCUUUAGCCGCUCAGAACACUUGGCCACUCACAUGCGGACGCACACAGGAGAGAGGCCGUAUUCAUGUAGGGAGUGUGGGAAAAGCUUUAGCCGAUCAGAAACCCUGACCACUCACAUGCGGACGCACACAGGAGAGAGGCCGUAUUCAUGUAGGGAGUGUGGGAAAAGCUUUAGCCGCUCAGAACACUUGACCAAACACAUGCGGACGCACACAGGAGAGAGGCCGUAUUCAUGUAAGGAGUGUGGGAAAAGCUUUAGCCGCUCAGAACACUUGGCCACUCACAUGCGGACGCACACAGGAGAGAGGCCGUAUUCAUGUAGGGAGUGUGGGAAAAGCUUCACUGUCUCAUCACACUUGGCCACUCACAUGCGGAUGCACACAGGAGAGAGGCCAUAUUCAUGUAGGGAGUGUGGGAAAAGCUUCACUGUCUCAUCACACUUGGCCACUCACAUGCGGCCGCACACAGGAGAGAGGCCGUAUUCAAGUAGGGAGUGCGGGAAAGGCUUUAGCCAAUCAGCAGACUUGACCAAACACAUGCGGCCGCACACAGGAGAGAGGCCGUAUUCAAGUAGGGAGUGUGGGAAAAGCUUCAGUAUGUCAUCAGUAAUGCUCCAAGUGGAGCCCAGUAUUCAUCAAGCUUAACAGACCAAUUGUUUAAUAGUAUUGCUAAAUAUAGAAACCUAAAUUAUGAAGUAUUUUUGAUAUGAGUAAUUCAUUUUCAGUAAACAAAAUAUUGAAGCCCUGGAUUUUGAAUAAAAAAAUAAAAUUUAUAAAAAACAUAUUAAGAAAAGGAGAAAUUUAAGAUACGGUUGUAUCUUAAAGGCCAUCACUCUGCUAAACAAAUAAUUCCCUCAACACUGUCAGACUAUUUACUGAAUCUGCAGUAAUUAAUUUAAUUUAAUUAAUUUAAUUAAUCGUUUCAUAGUUCCCAUCACCAAUCUCUUUCCACUUAUGACUGUAUGACUAU